CCACUCCAAGUGACACUCUGGUUUCUGGUCCUGAAGUUUUUCUAAUUGCAUGCGGGCGGGCGGCUUUUCUCAUUAUGUCAUUAUCAAUUUCACCUUAUGAAUCUCAUUAUUUUGCAAAUGAAUAUCAUUAUCACACUAUUUUGUACCACAUGGACCAUUCUGCGCAUGCGUAGUAGAAAUAAUGAGAUAGAAAUCCAAUAAUGAGAUAGAAAUCCAAGAAUAAAAUCUGAUGCGGGCGGUGGACCAGAAACCAGAGUAUCACUUGGAGUGGCCUUAUGGCUAGUUUGACUCACAUGCAUUGAAGGCUGUUGCAGUCUCUUCAGAAUCUUUCGUAGCAUCAACUGUUCGCACAAAGUUUCUAUGCAACUUAUAAGUUAGCCUUGCACUAAAGCGCUAGGUUUUUGUUAGCUACAAAAGUCAGAAAAGAGCUGCAAAGCUAGCUACACUGUUACUUUGUAAUCUGGCCACGCCCUCCCAAACACAGCAUUGACUUCUGCAGACACGCCACUUAUUCCUGUGGAUCUAAUGCGCAUGCACGCUAAUCACCACGUGUGAGAAUAUCCAUCCCAGGCAUCUAGCAGAAUCAAUCUUCUUCUUUGUUGCUUCCUAGAUCCUUGAGGUCCUGGCAUAAGCAGCCACAAAACACAACAAUGAUACCAUAAUUAUACAAUUGAAUAGAUGCAAGUCAGAUUAAUUUAUACACUUUUCCUCUUCUAUACUUCCUCUUCUAUACUUCCUCUUCUAUACUUUUGAGCGAAAGCAAAUCAUGGCAAGAGACAUUAGCACAGCGCCAGCUUGAACACUAGUUAUAGUAUAGAAAUUUUAGAGAAAAUAGGCGUGGUCUAGCUCAGUCACUUGCUAGCUGUACCGUUGAGAGCUUACUCAUGAACAACACAUUCAUGGACUGUAUAGCGAUGGGUCAGACAACUGUUCAGUAUAAUUUAUAGUGUGAUGAUGCCGGCUUAAGCUUGAUGUUUCAAACCUUUAUAUGUAUAAGCGCUCGAAAAAAUAAUUACAGGAACGGUAGGCACUUCUUUUAGGGCCACAAAAAUUAUGCUGAUACUGACAUGGCGCUGUAAUUACUUUAAUUAUACGGUAAUGCUUCGUUCUCAAGAUAUAGACUAUGGUUUGCUAACUUAGAAGGCUUUUGCAGACUCUUCAUCUGACAGACUCGUGUAUAGCAACUGUUACACCUGUUCGCACAAAGUUUCUAUUCAACUUAUGAGUUAAACUUGCACUAUAUAAAGUGCUAGCUGUUUGUUAGCUGCUUAGAAAAGAGCUCGAAUUUUUAAGUUGACAAAAUUAAACUUCAAGUUACAUUGUAGAUCUACACAGUCGUGCUUCUAUCAUUGAAGACCAUGACAUUCAUCAAGCGGGCCAUCAGAUAUAGAUUUCUGUUUCCACUAUUCUAUAAUAAAAAUGUGUGUGUUUUGUCAAACAACAAAAUAAUAUAAGUAAUCAUGGUCGAUCAUUACCCACUCUUUGAGUUUGCAUGCAUGCAGCAAAAUUAAAUGCAAAAAAUGUUCAUCAUUAUAAUGUGUGUAUAAAAGCUAAUAGCUUUAUGUUAUGUAGCUUUUGGUAUCUCCACCGAGGCAUCAGUAUAAAAGAAUUGAAUCAUGUGAUUUUUCUGUAAAUUAAAUUCUGUCACAAUGCAUAGUUCCAUAAAUGGCUGAUGACAGCCAGUCAAGUGAUACUCUCCUGCACACUGCUGCAAGCUGUGGGGACUUAGAUCAGGUCAAAGAGUUGUUGAAAACAAAGCAAUAUGAAGUGAACGUCAGAAACUCACACAACCAAACAUCUCUUCAUCUCGCAUGUGCUAAUGGUCAUCUUGAUACGGUUUGGACACUAGUCAACAACUUUGGUGCUGACAAAGGAGCUUCUGAUUAUGACGGAAAUACACCAUUGCUCUUUGCUGCUAAGAACAAACAUGUGCAAAUAAUUAUCAUGGUAAUCCUAUCAUCAGUGUAUUUCAACAAAUGGCCCUGUUUCUUUAGUCAUAGUGAGAUGGAUUCUCAUGACGUUAAAAUCUUUGAGGAUGUCCUCUUCGAGUAUUAUAAUGAUUCUGAGGCUGUGGAGAAAACUAUGCAUCUGAUAAGCAAAUACUUUGUUGAUUACAAGCAAUUCAAGGAUUAUAAAGAUGAUGGCUUUAUUACAUUGUUUGUAGCUGCAUCACUUGGUCUCAAAGAAUUGCUUAAUCAUUUAGUUACAGAGAAAAAAGUAGACCUAAAUAAAAAAGGUUUCCAUGGCUUGUCUGUUCUCCACGGUGCCUGUGUCGGAGGACACGUACUGCUCACGGAGAGCCUUAUAUCAGAACAUGGUAUUUCACAGAAAGAUAACAGCGGGCACUCAAUUUUGCAUUACGCUGCAUUAGAUGGGAUUCCCUAUUCAUUCAAUGGUGGUCAUAUAGAACUAAUAGACAAACUGGUGAUACAAUAUGGCCUCGAUAUUGGAGAUAGAGAUGAAAAUGGAAACACACCUCUACAUAUGGCAGCCUAUGAAGGACGUGUUGAAACAUUAAGACACCUGAUCAGUAAGCACAGUGCUGAUGUUGAAUGCACUAAUAACCAAAAAAAUACACCAUUGUUGUUAGCUGCACAAAGUGGUAAUACACAUGUUUUGGAUGCGUUAGUCAAAGAAUUCAACAUCAGUUGUCAUGUCCGAGGUGACAAUGGUUAUACUCUCCUUCACUAUGCAUGCUAUGGUGGUCAUAUAGAAAUGAUAGACAAAUUAGUGCUUGAAUAUGGCCUCAAUCCCGCAGAUAAAGAUAAUGAUGGUGACACACCUCUACAUAUUGCAGCCUACGAAGGACGUGUUGAAACAGUGAGACACCUGAUCAUUAAGCACAGUGCUGAUGUUGAAUGCACUAAUAACCAAAACAGUACACUGUUGAUGCUAGCUGCACAAAGAGGUAAUACACAUGUUUUCGAUGCGUUAGUCAAAGAAUUCAACAGCAGUUGUCAUGUCCGAGGUGACAAUGGUUAUACUCUCCUUCACUAUGCAUGUGGUGGUGGUCAUAUAGAAAUGAUAGACAAAUUAGUGCUUGAAUAUGGCCUCGAUCCCACAGAUAAAGAUAAUGAUGGUAACACACCUCUACAUACUGCAGCCUCCAUUAAAGGACGUGUUGAAACAGUGAGACACCUAAUUAGCAAGCACAAUGCUGAUGUUGAUUGCACUAAUAAUCAGAACAAUACUCCAUUGAUGCUAGCUGUGUUUAAUGGUUGUGUGCAUGUUUUGGAUAUGCUAAUCAAAGAAUUCAACAGCAGUUGUCAUGUCCGAGAUGACGAUGGUUAUACUCUCCUUCACUAUGCAUGCGAUGGUGGUCAUAUAGAACUGAUAGACAAAUUAGUGCUUGAAUAUGGCCUCAAUCCCGCAGAUAAAGAUAAUGAUGGUAACACACCUCUACAUGUUGCAGCCAUUGCAGGACGUGUUGAAACAGUGAGACACCUGAUUAGCAAGCACAGUGCUGAUGUUGAUUGCACUAAUAAUCAGAACAAUACUCCAUUGAUGCUAGCUGUGUUUAAUGGUUGUGUGCAUGUUUUGGAUAUGCUAAUCAAAGAAUUCACCAGCAGUUGUCAUGUCCGAGAUGACGAUGGUUAUACUCUCCUUCACUAUGCAUGCGAUGGUGGUCAUAUAGAACUGAUAGACAAAUUAGUGCUUGAAUAUGGCCUCAAUCCCGCAGAUAAAGAUAAUGAUGGUAACACACCUCUACAUAUUGCAGCCGUUAAAGGACAUGUUGAAACAGUGAGACACCUGAUUAGCAAGCACAGUGCUGAUAUUGAUUGCACUAACAACUACAACAAUACACCAUUGAUGGAGGCUGCGCUGAAUGGUCAUGUGCAUGUUUUGAAUAUGCUAAUCAAAGAAUUCAACAGCAGUUGUCAUGUCCGAGGUUACAAUGGUUAUACUCUCCUUCACUAUGCAUGCGAUGGUGGUCAUAUAGAACUGAUAGACAAAUUAGUGCUUGAAUAUGGCCUCAAUCCCGCAGAUAAAGAUAAUGAUGGUAACACACCUCUACAUGUUGCAGCCAUUGCAGGACGUGUUGAAACAGUGAGACACCUGAUUAGCAAGCACAGUGCUGAUGUUGAUUGCACUAAUAAUCAGAACAAUACUCCAUUGAUGCUAGCUGUGUUUAAUGGUGUGAAUGUUUUGGAUAUGCUAAUCAAAGAAUUCAACAGCAGUUGUCAUGUCCGAGAUGACGAUGGUUAUACUCUCCUUCACUAUGCAUGCGAUGGUGGUCAUAUAGAACUGAUAGACAAAUUAGUGCUUGAAUAUGGCCUCAAUCCCGCAGAUAAAGAUAAUGAUGGUAACACACCUCUACAUAUUGCAGCCGUUAAAGGACAUGUUGAAACAGUGAGACACCUGAUUAGCAAGCACAGUGCUGAUAUUGAUUGCACUAACAACUACAACAAUACACCAUUGAUGGAGGCUGCGCUGAAUGGUCAUGUGCAUGUUUUGAAUAUGCUAAUCAAAGAAUUCAACAGCAGUUGUCAUGUCCGAGGUUACAAUGGUUAUACUCUCCUUCACUAUGCAUGCGAUGGUGGUCAUAUAGAAAUGAUAGACAAAUUAGUGCUUGAAUAUGGCCUCAAUCCCGCAGAUAAAGAUAAUGAUGGUAACACACCUCUACAUAUUGCAGCCUUCUUCGGACAUGUUGAAACAGUGAGACACCUGAUUAGCAAGCACAGUGCUGAUAUUGAUUGCACUAACAACUACAACAAUACACCAUUGAUACUAGCUGCGCUGAAUGGUCGUGUGCAUGUUUUGGACAUGCUAAUCAAAGAAUUCAACAGCAGUUGUCAUGUCCGAGGUUACAAUGGUUAUACUCUCCUUCACUAUGCAUGCGAUGGUGGUCAUAUAGAACUGAUAGACAAAUUAGUGCUUGAAUAUGGCCUCAAUCCCGCAGAUAAAGAUAAUGAUGGUAACACACCUCUACAUAUUGAAGCCGUUAAAGGACAUGUUGAAACAGUGAGACACCUGAUUAGCAAGCACAGUGCUGAUAUUGAUUGCACUAACAACUACAACAAUACACCAUUGAUGGAGGCUGCGCUGAAUGGUCAUGUGCAUGCUUUGAAUAUGCUAAUCAAAGAAUUCAACAGCAGUUGUCAUGUCCGAGGUUACAAUGGUUAUACUCUCCUUCACUAUGCAUGCGAUGGUGGUCAUAUAGAACUGAUAGACAAAUUAGUGCUUGAAUAUGGCCUCAAUCCCGCAGAUAAAGAUAAUGAUGGUAACACACCUCUACAUGUUGCAGCCAUUGCAGGACGUGUUGAAACAGUGAGACACCUGAUUAGCAAGCACAGUGCUGAUGUUGAUUGCACUAAUAAUCAGAACAAUACUCCAUUGAUGCUAGCUGUGUUUAAUGGUUGUGUGCAUGUUUUGGAUAUGCUAAUCAAAGAAUUCACCAGCAGUUGUCAUGUCCGAGAUGACGAUGGUUAUACUCUCCUUCACUAUGCAUGCGAUGGUGGUCAUAUAGAACUGAUAGACAAAUUAGUGCUUGAAUAUGGCCUCAAUCCCGCAGAUAAAGAUAAUGAUGGUAACACACCUCUACAUAUUGCAGCCGUUAAAGGACAUGUUGAAACAGUGAGACACCUGAUUAGCAAGCACAGUGCUGAUAUUGAUUGCACUAACAACUACAACAAUACACCAUUGAUGGGGGCUGCGCUGAAUGGUCAUGUGCAUGUUUUGAAUAUGCUAAUCAAAGAAUUCAACAGCAGUUGUCAUGUCCGAGGUUACAAUGGUUAUACUCUCCUUCACUAUGCAUGCGAUGGUGGUCAUAUAGAAAUGAUAGACAAAUUAGUGCUUGAAUAUGGCCUCAAUCCCGCAGAUAAAGAUAAUGAUGGUAACACACCUCUACAUAUUGCAGCCUUCUUCGGACAUGUUGAAACAGUGAGACACCUGAUUAGCAAGCACAGUGCUGAUAUUGAUUGCACUAACAACUACAACAAUACACCAUUGAUACUAGCUGCGCUGAAUGGUCAUGUGCAUGUUUUGGACAUGCUAAUCAAAGAAUUCAACAGCAGUUGUCAUGUCCGAGGUUACAAUGGUUAUACUCUCCUUCACUAUGCAUGCGAUGGUGGUCAUAUAGAACUGAUAGACAAAUUAGUGCUUGAAUAUGGCCUCAAUCCCGCAGAUAAAGAUAAUGAUGGUAACACACCUCUACAUAUUGCAGCCGUUAAAGGACAUGUUGAAACAGUGAAACACCUGAUUAGCAAGCACAGUGCUGAUAUUGAUUGCACUAACAACUACAACAAUACACCAUUGAUGGAGGCUGCGCUGAAUGGUCAUGUGCAUGUUUUGAAUAUGCUAAUCAAAGAAUUCAACAGCAGUUGUCAUGUCCGAGGUUACAAUGGUUAUACUCUCCUUCACUAUGCAUGCGAUGGUGGUCAUAUAGAAAUGAUAGACAAAUUAGUGCUUGAAUAUGGCCUCAAUCCCGCAGAUAAAGAUAAUGAUGGUAACACACCUCUACAUAUUGCAGCCAUCUUCGGACAUGUUGAAACAGUGAGACACCUGAUUAGCAAGCACAGUGCUGAUAUUGAUUGCACUAACAACUACAACAAUACACCAUUGAUACUAGCUGCGCUGAAUGGUCGUGUGCAUGUUUUGGACAUGCUAAUCAAAGAAUUCAACAGCAGUUAUCAUGUCCGAGGUUACAAUGGUUAUACUCUCCUUCACUAUGCAUGCGGUGGUGGUCAUAUAGAACUGAUAGACAAAUUAGUGCUUGAAUAUGGCCUCGAUCUCGCAGAUAAAGAUAAUAAUGGUAACACACCUCUACAUAUUGCAACCAUGAGAGGACGUGUUGAAACAGUGAGACACCUGAUUAGCAAGCACAGUGCUGAUAUUGAUUGCACUAACAACUACAACAAUACACCAUUGAUGGAGGCUGCGCGGAAGGGUCGUGUGCAUGUUUUGGAUAUGCUAAUCAAAGAAUUCAACAGCAGUUGUCAUGUCCGAGGUUACAAUGGUUAUACUCUCCUUCACUAUGCAUGCGAUGGUGGUCAUAUAGAACUGAUAGACAAAUUAGUGCUUGAAUAUGGCCUCAAUCCCGCAGAUAAAGAUAAUAAUGGUGACACACCUCUACAUGUUGCAGCCAUUGCAGGACGUGUUGAAACAGUGAGACACCUGAUUAGCAAGCACAGUGCUGAUAUUGAUUGCACUAACAACUACAACAAUACACCAUUGAUGGGUGCUGCGCUGAAGGGUCGUGUGCAUGUUUUGGAUAUGCUAAUCAAAGAAUUCAACAGCAGUUGUCAUGUCCGAGGUUACAAUGGUUAUACUCUCCUUCACUAUGCAUGCGGUGGUGGUCAUAUAGAACUGAUAGACAAAUUAGUGCUUGAAUAUGGCCUCGAUCUCGCAGAUAAAGAUAAUAAUGGUAACACACCUCUACAUAUUGCAACCAUGAGAGGACGUGUUGAAACAGUGAGACACCUGAUUAGCAAGCACAGUGCUGAUAUUGAUUGCACUAACAACUACAACAAUACACCAUUGAUGGAGGCUGCGCGGAAGGGUCGUGUGCAUGUUUUGGAUAUGCUAAUCAAAGAAUUCAACAGCAGUUGUCAUGUCCGAGGUUACAAUGGUUAUACUCUCCUUCACUAUGCAUGCGAUGGUGGUCAUAUAGAACUGAUAGACAAAUUAGUGCUUGAAUAUGGCCUCAAUCCCGCAGAUAAAGAUAAUAAUGGUGACACACCUCUACAUGUUGCAGCCAUUGCAGGACGUGUUGAAACAGUGAGACACCUGAUUAGCAAGCACAGUGCUGAUAUUGAUUGCACUAACAACUACAACAAUACACCAUUGAUGGGUGCUGCGCUGAAGGGUCGUGUGCAUGUUUUGGAUAUGCUAAUCAAAGAAUUCAACAGCAGUUGUCAUGUCCGAGGUUACAAUGGUUAUACUCUCCUUCACUAUGCAUGCGGUGGUGGUCAUAUAGAACUGAUAGACAAAUUAGUGCUUGAAUAUGGCCUCGAUCUCGCAGAUAAAGAUAAUAAUGGUGACACACCUCUACAUAUUGCAACCAUGAGAGGACAUGUUGAAACAGUGAGACACCUGAUUAGCAAGCACAGUGCUGAUAUUGAUUGCACUAACAACUACAACAAUACACCAUUGAUGGGUGCUGCGCUGAAGGGUCGUGUGCAUGUUUUGGAUAUGCUAAUCAAAGAAUUCAACAGCAGUUGUCAUGUCCGAGGUUGCUACGGUUAUACUCUCCUUCACUAUGCAUGCGAUGGUGGUCAUAUAGAACUGAUAGACAAAUUAGUGCUUGAAUAUGGCCUCAAUCCCGCAGAUAAAGAUAAUGAUGGUAACACACCUCUACAUGUUGCAGCCAUUGCAGGACGUGUUGAAACAGUGAGACACCUGAUUAGCAAGCACAGUGCUGAUGUUGAUUGCACUAAUAAUCAGAACAAUACACCAUUGAUGGGUGCUGCGCGGAAGGGUCGUGUGCAUGUUUUGGAUAUGCUAAUCAAAGAAUUCAACAACAGUUGUCAUGUCCGAGGAUACAAUGGUCGUACUCUCCUUCACCAAGCAUGCGAUGGUGGUCAUAUAGAACUGAUAGACAAAUUAGUGCUUGAAUAUGGCCUCAAUCCCGCAGAUAAAGAUAAUAAUGGUGACACACCUCUACAUGUUGCAGCCAUUACAGGACGUGUUGAAACAGUGAGACACCUGAUUAGCAAGCACAGUGCUGAUAUUGAUUGCACUAACAACUACAACAAUACACCAUUGAUGGAGGCUGCGCGGAAGGGUCGUGUGCAUGUUUUGGAUAUGCUAAUCAAAGAAUUCAACAGCAGUUGUCAUGUCCGAGGUUACAUUGGUUAUACUCUCCUUCACUAUGCAUGCGGUGGUGGUCAUAUAGAAAUGAUAGACAAAUUAGUGCUUGAAUAUGGCCUCGAUCUCGCAGAUAAAGAUAAUAAUGGUGACACACCUCUACAUAUUGCAACCAUGAGAGGACAUGUUGAAACAGUGAGACACCUGAUUAGCAAGCACAGUGCUGAUGUUGAUUGCACUAAUAAUCAGAACAAUACACCAUUGAUGCUAGCUGCACUGGGUGGUCGUGUGCAUGUUUUGGAUAUGCUAAUCAAAGAAUUCAACAGCAGUUGUCAUGUCCGAGAUGACGAUGGUUAUACUCUCCUUCACUAUGCAUGCGAUGGUGGUCAUAUAGAACUGAUAGACAAAUUAGUGCUUGAAUAUGGCCUCAAUCCCGCAGAUAAAGAUAAUAAUGGUAACACACCUCUACAUGUUGCAGCCAUUGCAGGACGUGUUGAAACAGUGAGACACCUGAUUAGCAAGCACAGUGCUGAUAUUGAUUGCACUAACAACUACAACAAUACACCAUUGAUACUAGCUGUGUUUCAUGGUUGUGUGUAUGUUUUGGAUAUGCUAAUCAAAGAAUUCAAUAGCAGUUGUCAUGUCCGAGAUUACAAUGGUUAUACUCUCCUUCACUAUGCAUGCGGUGGUGGUCAUAUAGAACUGAUAGACAAAUUAGUGCUUGAAUAUGGCCUCGAUCUCGCAGAUAAAGAUAAUAAUGGUAACACACCUCUACAUGUUGCAGCCAUUAAAGGACAUGUUGAAACAGUAAGACUUUUGAUUACUCAACACAAAAUUGAUAUAAUCACUAAUAAUGUUUACUCUACCCCAUUGUGUUUAGCAGCUGAAGGUGGUCAUGAGAUCGCGAUUCAUGCCUUUAUUAAAGAGUUUAAAUGCAACCCACAUAACAGAGGCUACAAUGGUCAAACUCUGCUUCACUAUGCUUGCCAAAAUGGUCACGUAGAACUAUUGAAUAAAUUGGUAGUCCAGUAUAAGGUAGAUCCAUCAAUUAGAGACAACGAUGGGAACACACCACUGCAUAUUUUGUGUCGUACUCCGCAUACUGAAGAAGGGAAGCUGAGAACAAUGCUUUGCAAGUACCAGUACUGGACAGUGUUUCAAGUUAAUAAUAAUGGCAACACUCCUCUUCACACAGCAACUCUCUACGAACAAGCUCAUUGUGCACGCUUACUAUUGCAGAAGUACAAUGCUCCACUUUUUGUGCGAAACAAAGAUGGGAAGACUGCCCUUGGUCUAGCUAGAACUCAGAGAAGCCAUGAAAUUGUUAAAAUUUUCAAAAAUCAUAAUUCUGAAAUGCAGUCUAUCUACCGGCAGCUAGAUAAACUUGCUAAACAAAAGUUUGGUGGUGAAAAAAACCUCACCAGAAUAUUUAUUGUAGGUCAUCCAGGUGCUGGGAAAUCCACGCUUGUUGAAACUAUCAAAACAGAAGGUUUUAUUAGCUACUUCAGCACAUCAACUGUUUCCCCUCACACUCCAGGCAUUAUUCCAAGUACUUAUGACAGUAGUGCUUAUGGAAGAAUAAUAAUUUAUGAUUUUGCUGGUGAUUCCGAGUACUACUCCUCACAUGCUGCAAUUAUGGAGUCAAUCAACACAUCAAAAGGAAGUAAUAUAUAUUUGAUAGUUUGUGAUUUGAGUAAAGGCGAAGAAGCUGCUGUCACUAAAUACAGCUACUGGCUUUCAUUUCUAUCGUACAAUAUUAAGCAAUUCUCAAACACGAUUAUCCUACCAGUGGGAAGCCACGCUGAUGUAAUCAACAAAACGUCAGUUGAACAAGUGUUACGUGUUCUUGACAGCGUAUCCCAAAAGUUCUGUAGCAGCUCCAAGAUUGAUGAUUUUCAAAUUGAACAAAGUGUUUCUCUUGAUUGUCGUAAACGAGGGGCUGUAGUAAAUUACAUAAAGGAACUCACUAAGAAAUUCUCCAAUUUAGUAUCCCUUUCCCCAGAGACAAGCACACUCUUGGGAUUGUUGAAGAAAGACUUUGAACAUGUUCCAGCUUGCAAAGUAAGCCUCCUUAUCUCUCACAUAGAAGAGACUGGAAUUCCGCUGCCACUAAAUUCUUCAUCACUUUACUUUCUCAUAAGAGAGUUACAUGAUUUGGGUCUGCUAAUGGUGAUAGAGAGAGAAGGGGACUCCAUUGAGAACCAUAUAAUAAUUCUCAAGAUAUCAACAUUCACAUCAGAUGUACACAAAAAACUCUUUUCAGAGUCUGCUAAAGCUGACCUCACCAAGCAUAUCGAUCAACUCAAGCUCAGCGUAGGCAUUAUUCCAGAAUCACUACUGGAAAGAGUACUACCAGAGUACAUCACAAAAGAAAGUCUACUUAAGUUGCAGUACUGUCAAGAAAUUGAGAAUUUGUACGUGGAAGAGGACCACAGUCUUUUUCAACUCACUUCUGGGCCAGUACCAACAGAAAAUGCCACUAAAGAGAACUCUCAUUUAUUUUUCCCUGCUUUAUGUGAUCUCAAGCUCGAGGAAAUUCAAUGGCCUAAAUCCGAAGGUGAUAAGAUUACUUUGGGAUGGUAUGCUAAAUGUGAUUGUAACAGCUUUGACUUCUUCCCAACACGAUUUCUUCAUGUGCUUAUCGUUCAUCUCUCCCACAACUUUGCAUUAAAACAAAGCUUGCCUACAAGCCACCAGAUCUCUAUAGUAACUACAGAUUAUUCUGCUGAUAAUAGUUCUUUGAUUGCAAAGGUGUAUGCUGCCAAUCCUCGCUGUCAUGUCUGGUCGACUGGUCUCCAUUGGCUUAUGAAGAACGGAGUGGAAGUAUUUGUCGAUAUGCCUAAAGAUGCAGAUAGUAAAGAUCUGAUUGUACUAGCAAGAAGUGACAUUGAAGAUAAAAUCGAAUGUUUCAACACUCUGCAACUAGUUAUUCAGAAGGUAGUCAAAGCCAAAGUUGAAUUCUGUGCUAGUAUAAUGCCUACUGUUUACCUUCUUGAUUCGAGCAAUCUCAAGGAUGAACUUUUUACAAAUGCUAGAAAUGCACCGAAAUAUGCUCUAAUAGAUAUUGAAGAAGCACUUGUAGAAGGCACUAAGCGAGUCAUGGAUAAAGAAGGACGAUGCUUCUCCACUCCUAUCAAAGAAUGGAUCAGCCCAACAAGAUGGGCCAUAUCUUACUGGAAUUUAUUUUUUCCAAUGGAUACCUUCUUGGUUCAUUCUGCUUUGCAAGAAGUAAAGGAUGCUCAAUGGAAACUGCUAGGAAUGAGUCUUCCCCCAAUCCCCUGGAACAAAUUAGAUGACAUUGACAAAAAUGAAUCAUCAUUCUCUGGUGACAUUGCUAAGAAAGAAGAAGUAAUUCGACUGUGGAUGUCUCAAGAACCCACCUGGAUAGUGUUGGUAGACGCUCUCAGUCAAUCUGCAUAUGGAUGGUCACAGAAUUCUAGUCAAAUCUCACGAGAGCAUAAUGUGCCUCUACAAAGGAACAUUCUUGAAAACGAUUCAUCUCUUCGUCCUGAUGAAGAGUUUCUCCAAUCAUUUGCUGCCAUCAUUGGCUCUCGUUGGCAGUGUCUUGCUUUUCCCCUCUCCCUCACUUCUGAAGACAUUGUGAGCAUCAAGAGAGAGACAAGAGGAGCAGAGCCGACCAGACAAGCACUCGUCAUGCUACAGAAGUGGGCAGCCAGGGAGACGGCAACUUAUGGUCAGUUGAGAGAGAGACUCCGUACACUCUCAGUGUUUCAUAUCUGAGAAAAGUAUUAUGUAGAUAAUUAUAGCUGUUUACGAUAAUGUAUCACCUUGUUUGUGUCAAUGAUUUUUCAGAACUCAACAAUUCACAAAUAAUUACUUCUGCACUUUUAUUUUUACACUUUCCAGUAUAUAUAACUUAAAAAAAAGCACAUAAUUUUGUUAGCCUUUACUAAUUUCUUAAUAUUGUCAAUUCUUAUAAUGCUUCCCGAAGUAAUUUUUGUACUGCAGCUAGAGCUUCAACUAGUGUUGUACAAAACUCCUGUAACAGCUCCAAGAUUGAUGAUUUAUAAAGCGUUGCUUUUGAUGUCGUAAACGAGAAGCUGUAAAUGACUUAUCGUCCUCUGUCGGAUUUUCCCCAGAGACAAGCUCUCCUCUGGGAUUGUGAAAAAUACUUUGACUGCAUUAAAGCUUGCAAAGUAUAUAAGCCUCCUUAUCUCUCACAUAUGAAAUUCCGCUCACACCCUAAGAGAGUUACUCGCAUCAGAUGUACCUAUAAUCAUAUAUUGUCAAAGUCUGCUAAAGCGGAUGUCACCAAUUACAUCGAUCAACUCAAGCUCAGCGUAGUCAUAAAUUAUUACAGAAUCGUUGCUGCAUGGAAAAAAGUACUACCAGAGUAUACCACAAGCUGCAGUACUGCCACGAAAUUGAGAAUGUGUACGUGGAAGAGUACCACAGUCUCAACUCACUUCAGAACCAGUACCAACUGCAUGAGAGUGCCACUAAAGAUAAAUCUCGUCUGCUUUUUUUUUUCUCUCUGGGUGGCAGGUAACAAGAUUACCCAGGAUUUUAUGCUAAAUGUGAUGUUGGCAGAUUUGACUAUUUAGAUCCUAACGAGUUUUUCAUCUCAUUUCUCUCACAGCUUUUCAUGAAAACUAAAGCUUGCUAACAAUUGCAAGCGGAUGCUCUCUAUAAUAACUUCUCAAUUUCUGAUUCUUCUACUGCUAAUAUUUCUUUGAUUCCAGAGAUCCAAUUAUGCUGCCAAUCCUCACUGUCAUGAUAUGUCUGGUCGACUGGUUUACAUUGGCUUAUGAAGAAUGGAGUGGAGGUAUUUGUCGAUAUGCCUAAAGACGCUGAUAGGAAAGAACUGAUAGUGAAAAGUGGCAACAAAAUAUAUGCGCUCUGCAUCUAGUUUCAGAAUGUUGUGGAAACAAACUCCUUCUUGAUCCGAGCAAUCUCAAGGAUGAAACUUUUACGAAUGCUAGAAAUGCACAUAAAAUAAUAUGCUCUAAGAGUAUUGAUGCAUGAAGCAUUAGCAGAAAGAACUAAGCGAUUCAUAAAGAAGGACAUUACUUCUCUAUUCUGAUAAGGGACAAUGCUUCUCUACAUCUGAUGAAGAUUGGGUCAUCCCAAAAGAUGGACUACAUCUACUGGAGUACUGAAAAUGCCCCACUUCAAUCAAAGAUUUGAUCAGCUCAGGUGAUAUUCUACUGGAGUAAACAGCAUUCAAACCCAACAUUUAAUUUAUGAGCUUAAUUAUUUCCUUGUACAGAUUUGUUGUUUCCGAUCGAUGAGUCCCUGAUUGACUCUGCUUUGAACUGCUUACAGGGAUGAAUAUUUCAAUCCAUUGGAAUAACUUUUUAAACGAAGCAUCAUUCCCUGUAGCCUCAAUCCCAGGCCGAUCCGUCUCUUAUUGAACGCUAUAGGUCGCCUCCGAGCUACAUUCCCUGGUGAUAUUGCCAGAUAGUAUAAUUCGACUGGAAAGUCUCAAGAACCCACCUGGAAAAUAUUAGUAGAGGUUCUCGCAGUCAACCCACAGGAUUGUCCAACAAAACAAGUCAAAUCUCACACGAGCACAACGUGCUUCUACACAAGAAAAGCAAUCAUUUGUCCGAUUCCAAUCAUUUGCUGCCAUCAUUGGCUCUAGAUGGCAGUGUCUUACUUCUCCCUUCUCCCUCACUUCUGAAGACAUUGUGAGCAUCAAGAGAGAGACAAGAGGAGCAGAGCCUACCAGACAAGCACUCGUCAUGCUGCAUGGUCAUGCACUUUUCGUGUUCCAUAUCUGUACCACAUUAUGUUAGAUUUAGCUGCAUGCAUUCAAUUGCACUUACAUACUGUAGAUAUAGCUGUUCAAUUCAACACAUGUUUGUGUCACUGAACUUUCAGAACUCAUGCCUUGCCACUUGAGCAAAAAUUACUUUUACACUUCCAAUCGUUACUUUUUCUACUGUUAUGUUCUGUGUAAAGCAACAUCUUACAUCCUUCAAAAUUAGCACAUUUUUUUUACUACUAUACAGUUAUUCUAAUGUUGUCAACUCUGACCUGAAUGAAAUGAAU